UUGCCGCCUCCCUCCCUGGCUCCCUCUCUUCCUAUAUAGAAACUCCAUUCCCUGCUCCUACUGUUCCGCGCUCUGCAACAUGCAAAGCGUUGACGUCGCACUCGCAACCUCCCCAGCUUGGCAGCUUCGGAUCCAAGCUCCCUUCAAACCCAAACAAAACCGCACCAAACGAUCGAAAGCACAGCCACGGAUCGUUGUCCUCACCAACACCAACGCCGACGCCUCACCUCGCCGCGUUUCAGCUAGCGGCUCACUUGGCUCGCUCGCCGGCCGGCCAAGAAACCGAUCGACAGGAACGCCGCGAUGAGCACCGGCGGCACUCCGCCCGUGGGGCUGACGCCGGGGCCGGGCGACGGCAACUCCGUGGGCAUGUUCAGCUCCGACCGCAUCGGCGGCUUCGGCUACGGCGUCGGCGUCUCCGUCGGCAUCCUCCUCCUCAUCACCACCAUCACGCUCGCCUCCUACUUCUGCACCCGCGCGCCUGUCACGGCCGCCGACGCGGCGGGGGAGACCCCGUCCCGGCGCCACGGCGGCGGCCGGGGCGGAGGCGACGGCGGCGAAGGGGUGCACGACAUCGAGCUCGGCAUCGACGAGGCCACUCUGAAGGGGUACCCGGAGGUGGUGUACGGCGAGGCCAGGAGGGAGGCCAAGGCCAAGAAGGGCACCACGUGCACGUGCUGCUCCAUAUGCCUGGACAACUACGGCGACGGCGAGGUGCUCCGGAUGCUGCCGGAGUGCGGCCACCUGUUCCACCGGGAGUGCGUCGACCCGUGGCUCCGGCAGCACCCGACGUGCCCCGUUUGCCGGACCUCGCCGUUGCCGAGCCCCAUGCCGACGCCGCUCGCCGAGGUCACGCCGUUGGCAAUGGCGAGGAUGUCGUCAUGACAAUAGGCAAGGACCAGGUUCUUGCUUUCUUUUUUUCUCUCUCUCCAAAUUUUCUUUUAUUUUCUUGUCUUUACUCCUUACUGCUAUACCACCAAAAUGUGAGGUGGAAUUGACAAAUUGGGGAACUUCAUCUUUGGAAAUAGAAUAGCUGAAAAUGUCAACGGUAGGAAUCAGAGACAUCUUUUCUUGGGUGUAAUUGUAAAUUUGGGUUCAGAGUAUUUUUCUCCUUGAUGAAAAAACAUAGUUUGGAUUAGGAUUCAGUAUGCAUGGACUGCAAAUGCUUGAUGAAUCUUCCAAAGAUAACCUCACUGGGGUAUUUAUUCAGAUUAGCAAAUUUAUUGUAGAUGAGUAUGUAUAUUCAAUCUUAUUUCAGAAAAAAGUUUAUAAAAGGAUUGUACUGUAUGUAUGUUUCAAACGUUAACUCGACAUGGAAUUUACAUCGAAGAGUUGUAUUUC